AUGUCUUUACCACAAGGACUUACACUUCCUUCCUCUCUCAAUGCAGGUGUCAAUCUUGUGUGCAAAUUGCACAAAUCAAUCUAUGGAUUAAAGCAGUCCUCACGGCAAUGGUACAAUAAAUUGUCUGAUGCUCUACUCCAAGAAGGAUUCAAACAGUCUCAAGCUGAUUAUACUCUGUUCACUAGAGGAUUCGAUGAUACUUUCAUUGCUUUACUUGUGUACGUUGACGAUAUAAUCAUCACCGGCCCCAAUAUAUCUAUAUUGCACCAGUUGCAAGAAUCUCUACACCUCAAAUUCAUACUCAAGGCUCUCAGAGAUCUCAAAUAUUUCCCCGGAUUUGAAAUUGCUCGCGCAGAAGAAGGAUUAUUCCUAUGCCAAAGGAAAUACACCCUCCAACUCCUUGAAGAUUCUGGUUUCAUGGGUAGCAAACCUUCCAAGACACCUAUGGAUCCUAAGCUUAAGUUGGAUAAUGAACAUGGGGAAGCAUUGGACAACCCAUCACAUUAUAGACAGCUUGUUGGAAAGCUUCUCUACUUGACUCUAUCUAGACCCGACAUAACAUAUGCAGUAAAUUCUCUUAGCCAAUUCAUGGCAAACCCCCGUACCACUCAUCUUCAAGCUGUCAAUCACCUUCUUCGCUACAUCAAAGGGAAUCCUGGACAGGGACUCCUCUAUUCAAAGUCUUCUUCCUUGCAUCUUUGUGGGUUCUCGGAUUCAGAUUGGGCAUCCUGCCCCGUUACACGACGCUCUACAACGGGAUUCUGCAUAUUCUUAGGAGAUUGUCUCAUUUCCUGGCGUACCAAGAAGCAACCAACAAUCUCGAAGAGCUCAGCCGAAGCUGAGUACCGUGCCAUAGCUACUACAACUAGUGAAAUUACUUGGCUACAAUAUCUCUUACACGACUUUGACAUACCACAACCUCACCCUGCUUUCAUAUACUGUGACAAUCACUCUGCAAUACACAUUGCCAAUAAUCCUACCUUCCAUGAAAGAACCAAACAUAUAGAGUUGGACUGCCACUUCAUCCGUGAUAAGAUCAACAACAAUACAGUCAGACUGAUUUCCAUUUCCAGUGCUCUACAACUUGCUGACGCAUUCACCAAGCCUCUAACUUCACCAAUUAUGGGAACUCAUAUUUCCAAGAUGUCGGUUUACGACAUACACUCUCCAUCUUGA